AACAACAACGUCAAAAGUAAAUAUUCCAGACGCCUUUAUCUCACACAGGAAGUUGGGUAAGCAAGUAUCGCCCCUAAUUCCCUUUGUCCCGCCCACAUGUCUCUCUGAUUGGCUUAGCCGCCAGCUGGCAGGCUUCUCAUUGGCUGGUCGUCUGAGCGUCCCGCGCUCCCAUUGGACAGCUGCGUUUGGGAGCCCUCUCAUGCUUUGUGCCGCUCCGUGACCAACGGCGGGGGUCCAUGCAGAGUGGGGAGGGGGGAAGACGGCUAAAGAAAGGGCAGAUUGAGGUUUGGACACGCGGAAGGGCAGGAGGCAUCUUUAAAGAAAAGGGAGAAGGGGCAGCGAGAGGGGCUGUUGGAAGGAGGGAAAGGGGCGGGUGACGACGGGGUUACCUCCCGCAGCACAGAAGAAGAAGAAGUUCUGGGAAAGUAAAGAGCGCGAGACAAACCCAAACUCCUCUGCUGACACUUGCUGUCCUCGCGGGACGCUGGAGAUGCGCGAGCUGGACCCAUUCUGAACGGAGGCUCCCGGAAUUAAAGGGUCACCGGGGAGGAGAACCGGAACGAGGAGGUGAGGGAAAGAAUGACCACUGUGAUGUCUCAGCCACCAACAAAAGAUGAAGGUGACGAGGAGGAUGAAGAGCAGGGGGAGGAGUUUGAGUUUGAAGACAGUGCAGAGGAGGAGAAACCUUUGGAGGACGCCAAAGAGGAGGAGAAACCUUUGGAGGACGCUAAGGUGGUCUCCUCAGACUGUGAUCUGUCAGGCCGGGUGUCCAAGAAGGAGAAGGGGGUGUUAUUAGAGACGGAAUCAAGCGAUGCACAGCUUCUUUCAUCAUCAUCGUCAUCCCUGUCUGCUGGUCCAGAGAGCAUCACCAACAGGGAUGGAGCUUCAUUUGCAAACACAGAUGUUCCAGUCGCUGAAUCAUCCAGCUGCCCAGCAGCAGCAGCAGCAGCAGCAGCAGCAGCAGCAGCGGUUGAAUCCGCUUCUCCAGCCCCUCCGGCAGCAGAGCAGCUCCAGGAGGCUCCUGGGGGGCCGCCAGCGGAUCCAGGCCCCUGCAAAGGAAGUGCUGCAGAAGGCUCCGACCCCGGAGACGUCUCUGAAGGUCUCCUACCAGCUUUGAGCGAGUCUGGAGCUGCGGCGCAAACAUCAGAGGUCAUCUAUGACGACGUUCCGUGUGAGGACGCCCCGGCCCCCGCUGAAGAUAUGAUCUACGAGGACGUUCAGAGAGACAACGGCGCCCUGGAGCCAGACAACGGGUGGAGCUCCAGCGAGUUCGAGAGCUACGACGAGCACUCGGAUAACGAGGCCAAGCCUCCAGCGAGGAGCAAGCGCUCCCCUGAAGUGUGCCGGCUGAGGGAACGCUGUGCCAGGACCCGGCGCGAGCUGGCCGUGCGGCUGUCGGGAAGCCACCACUGUGAGGCGAAGGUUCAGCAGCUCAUGAAGGCGGCGAGGAGUGGAACCAAGGACGGGCUGGAGAGGACCAAAAUAGCCGUCAUGAGAAAAGUUCCCUUCCUGCAGAGACGCGAUCAGAUCGAAGAGGAGGACGAUGCUGGAUAUCUGGACGUGGUGGUGUCGGAGGGAAAGCAUCCGCCUCCACAGCUGAGCCCGAUGCCGGAGGGGCUGACCAGCCACCAGGUUGUCAGGCGCCAUAUUCUGGGCUCCAUCAUUCAGAGCGAGCGGAGCUACCUGGAGUCUCUCAGGAGAAUCUCACAGGAAUACCACAGACCCCUGAUGGAGGCUGAUCCACGCAUCCUGAGUCAGAGGAAGAUCCGACCCAUCUUCUUCCGAGUCCGGGAGAUCACGCAGUGCCACUCCAUGUUUCAGAUUGCGCUGGCGUCCCGUGUGGCUGAGUGGGACUCCAAUGAGAAAAUUGGGGACUUAUUUGUGGCCUCGUUUUCCAAAUCAAUGGUGCUGGAUGUGUACAGUGAUUACGUCAACAACUUCACCAACGCCAUGGCGCUCAUCAAGAAGGCAUGCAUGUCCAAGCCCGCCUUUCUGGAGUUUCUGAAGAAGAAGCAGGUCUCCAGCGUGGAUCGCAUCACUCUCUACGGCCUGAUGGUGAAGCCCAUCCAGCGAUUCCCGCAGUUCAUUUUACUCCUGCAGGACAUGCUGAAGAACACCCCCAAAGGCCACGUGGACCGUCUCCCCCUGCAGCUCGCCCUGACGGAGCUGGAGAUGCUGGCCGAGAAGCUGAACGAACAGAAACGAAUCGCCGACCAGAUAGCGGAGACCCACCAACUGGCCCGCAGCGUCAGUGACCGCCUCCUCAGUAAGCAGCUGAGCUCGGAGCAGGGGUCGCUGGUCCUUUGUGAGACGCUCGUUGAGACCGUGUACGGCGAGCGGGGACAAGUCCUGAAGUCGAAGGAGAGAAAGGUCUUCCUCUUUGAUGAUGUGCUCGUCUGCGCCAACAUAAAUGUCAAAGGCCCCCCAGACAUCAGCAGCCUGGUGCCCGUCGGGCCCAAGUACACCAUGAAGUGGAGCGCGCCCCUGCAGCAGGUGCAGGUGGUGGAGGUCGGUCAGGAGGGCUCUCAAAGCAAAGACGCCUCGUUUCAGCAGAGUGGGGCGAGGAGGCCGAGUGCCGCCUGCGCUUCAGGGAAAACUCUUCUGGGCCCUCCACGGCUGUACCAGGAGCUGCAGGAGCUGCAACACGACCUUUCAGUUGUGGAAGAGGUGACCCUGCUGGUGGGCACGCUGCAGGGAACGUACCAGAACCUGAACACCACUGUGGCUCAGGACUGGUGUCUGGCUCUGCAGAGGCUUAUCCGCAUCAAAGAAGAACAGAUCCAGUGCGCUAACAAAUGUCGCUUACGCCUGCAGGUACCUGGAAGGCCAGACAAGUCGGGACGUCCCGUCAGCUUCAUGGUGGUCUUCAACACUCCCAACCCCCUCAGUAAGAUCUCCUGGGUCAACCGGCUGCAUUUGGCCAAGAUUGCACUGCGAGGGGAAAAUUCCCCCGGAUGGUUGUACGGAGAAGAUGAAGGGAAGACGAUAGCGUCGUUUUCCAGCCCGCUGCUCGUCUGUCACAUGCCUGUCUUUGCUACCAAGUCUGCAGAAAGAAAACUUGAAACAGCCCUCCACAGCCCGGCUCACUGCUCACUGCUGGGCUUCUCUGCUGCCAGUACCUCCCUACCUCAAGGCUACUUCUGGGUGGUUGGUGGAGGAGAAGACUCUCAGGGCCACAUAGAGAUCUUCUCUCUGAACAGGCCGGCGCCCAGAGCUGUGAAGAGCCUGCAGGUGGGCUCUGCCGUGCGAUGCCUGGAGUUCGUCCCCGCUCCUUCUCGGUCGGAGGACCUGGAGGCGGGAGGCCAGAGAGCAGCCUCGGCGAGCGCCGCCAACAUUUGUGUGGGACUGGAUGACGGCCGCAUCCUGGUUUAUGGAAGUUUGGACACGGCGGCUCAAUGUCUGCUGACCCUCCACAACCCCGAGGGCUGUCCCGUGCUGUGCCUGAAGCACUCCUCCGGCGCCCUGUUCGCCGGGCUGCAGAGCGGGGUCGUCAUCGUUUAUGGAAGGAAUCAAAACGAGGACCUGUGGGACUCGGACUCACACAGAUGCAUCAGCCUGGGCUCAGAACCCGUUCGGACCAUGCUGGUGCUGGACGACGUUGUUUGGGCCAGUUGUGGGAAUUCUGUCAUAACCAUUGACGUCUCCAGUUUAGCAACACAGAAAUCUGAAGUCCAUUCAGACCCGGCCGUCAGCGUGGCUCACAUGGCUUGUGCGGGUGGAGGGGUGUGGAUGGCGUUCUCAGAGGGAUCCUCCAUCCGUCUCUUCCACACCGAAACUCUGGAGCUGCUGCAGGAAAUCAACAUUUCCACGCGCUCAUCGCUGCUGAACGCCGGUCAGAAGAACACCCGGGUCACCAGCCUCCUUAUUUGUCAGGGGCUUCUAUGGGUCGGGACAGCCCAAGGCGCAAUCAUCACCCUCCCAGUCCCCAAAUUGGAGGGGAUCCCCAAAAUUACAGGAAAAGGGAUGAUCUCCGUGAACGCUCACUGCGGACCCGUCGACUUCCUUGUGGCCACGUCCAGCACGCUUUCUCCCGAGCUGCUGAAGAGGGACUCCUUCGGGGAGAGCCCAGACUCCGCCUGCGGUGGGGAGGAGCGCAGCAGCGACACCUCCUCCCAGGAGUCCCUGCAACGGUCCUACCAAGGGGAGGAGAAAGGCAAAGGGCGUGGCGUUCUGCUGCAGUACAAGCUGCGGUCCACGUCCGGCCUGCCCGGGUGGCCCUUAACGGGGCAGAGCGACGGGGCGUCCCAGUCCUCGCUGGAGUCUCUGGAGCACAGCGUGGAGGACGGCUCCAUCUACGGGCUCAGCGACGACCCAGACACGUGGGUCCGGGGCCGGUCCUGUGAGAGGGACGGGGCCCGCAGAGACCGGGUGACUUCUGCUGCCGUCAUAUCCGGAGGAAAGGGCUUUCGCCGACUGAAGGGGGGGGCUACAGGUACCAGGACGGGUGGAGACUGUCUAGAAAAUAUUCUGAUGGUGUGGCAGCUCCCUCUUACUGUAUGAUGCAGACUUCCUUCACCUUGAAUGACCUCCUCCAAAAAGUCAAGGGAUUGAAGUAGAUGAUGAGGCGGCGACGGCGCUGUGGCGGAGCUCGUCGCCGUGUCAUUCGCCCCGGGGGAAAAGGAAGCGCAGGCAUGCUGUUUGUGACAGGCGCUGUCAGCUCAAAGGAUGCUCAGGAUGGCGUGUCAUCAUCCUGCCGGGGGGGGGGGGGGGGGG